AUGGGUGCUAAUGUGGAUCACAGUGUAACUGGUACUUCUGGACCAUUUACAUACCGGGUCAAUGGACAGGUUAUACACAGGAUCGGGUCUCUACUACCUGACGAUGGUGCUCUGCCAGAAUAUUUACAGUUAUAUAUUUUUGACACCGAUAAUGAGCUAGAAAACAGAAAAAGAGCGUUCACUCAAGGUUCCUCCUCUUUGGCUAUCCCUGACAGUAUUAUUGUUCAGUUAAUUGAGAUGAUGGACAAACAUAACCACCUUGCAAAGACGUUUCGUCACGCCCGUGAUAGAUUUAAAGAGACUGGUACCAUUGAGUACAGUAUCACUCUGGUCAGUCAAACUAACCUUGGACGUCAGUAUGAUCUACCAAGUGCGAGCGAGAUUGGUGGAUUGAUUGUUGGGGACCUAUCUGCGACGUCUGUUGGUAGAGAUAUUGUUGUGGAGCUUAAAUCAUCUGCUUUGCAGCGAAUAAAUGAUCAACACCCCCUGAUGAUGAGUCUCCAAUAUCCAUUGUUGUUUCCGUACGGGGAGACUGGAUAUAACCAGAGACUGCCAUAUGAAGGUCCUCAGAUGUCUAAAAUAAGAAGAGAAUAUAUGACAAUGCGUGAGUUUUACGCUUAUCAGUUUCAGACUCGGCCAACUGAGGGAAUGACAAUCAUAAAAGGCGGGAGAUUGCUGCACCAGUAUAUUGUAGAUGCAUACACUGCAACCGAGCAAGAGAGAUUAAGGUUUAUUCUGUUGAACCAAAAGAAACUCCGAGCAGAUUUGUAUAGCAACUUGUGUGAUGCUGUGGAGAGCGGAGAUUCAGAUGCAACACAGCUUGGCAGGAAGAUCAUUCUACCUUCUUCAUUCACUGGUGGUCCUAGGUACAUGGCUGAGAAGUAUCAAGACGCAAUGGCUAUAUGUCGGUGGUAUGGCAAUCCUCAUCUGUUCAUCACAGUCACAGCAAAUCCAAACUGGGUGGAGUUAAAGCAUCAUCUGGACGCAUACGGUGGUGAAUCUGCUAAUAGCCGACCCGACCUUGAAUGUAGACUGUUCAAACUCAAACUGGAGGAGAUGGUUUCUGAUUUCAAGAAAGGAGUUUUCUUUCCCAAAACUUCUGCAGUUGUAUACACCAUUGAAUUCCAGAAACGAGGACUGCCUCAUGCCCAUAUUUUAUUAUGGUUAGAAGGCAUUAAGAAAGAAGCAACCACCUCAAUGAUUGAUCAGUAUAUAUCAGCUGAAUUGCCAGACAGAGAUGUAGAUCCUGAAGGUUUUGCAUUGGUCGACCGCCAUAUGAUUCAUGGGCCAUGCGGAAAACGUCGACCAACAUCACCUUGCAUGGACAAGGGAGAGUGCACCAAGGCUUACCCUAAGCCGUUAUCAGAUCAUUCACACAUUGACAAGUCUGGGUUUGUCAGAUACAGAAGGCGAUCAAAUCCCAAGCAUUUAGUCUUGAAGAGCAAUAUUGAGAUAGGGAAUCAGUACGUUGUCCCUCACAACCUCAGUCUCCUUAAAAAAUAUCAGGCCCAUAUCAAUGUUGAAUGGUGCUGCAGAACCAGUGCAAUCAAAUAUCUUUUUAAAUACAUUACAAAAGGUGUUGAUCGAGCUACUGUUCUUUUAAAGGAGGUGGAAAAAAGAGGCGAUGGGAAGGAGAAAAAGAAAGAAGGGGUGGAUGUGGUCAAUGAGAUAGAUAGAUAUAUGGAAUGUCGAUACAUCUCUGCAUGUGAGGCCUCAUGGAGAUUAUUUACCUUUCAGAUACAUCACAAUCAACCUAAUGUUAUUAAGCUGCAUGUACAUCUACCAGGUCAGCACUAUACUGUCUACGACGAGUCUUCUAACUUAGAAGAAGUUAUUUCAAAAGAAGACAUCGAGAAAACGAUGUUAACUGCAUGGUUUGUAGCAUGUGAAACGUAUGAAGAAGCACGAGACCUGACGUACGUUGAGCUCCCUACUAGGUUCGUUUAUCACACAUCAGGGAAACUAUGGACCCCCAGGAAAACGGGUGGAGCAAUAGGCAGGGUGGUUUACGUCAGUCCAGCGGCCGGUGAUAACUAUUUCUUGCGGAUUUUGGUAAAUGUUGUUAGAGGCCCAAGGUGUUACGAGGACUUAAGAACAGUUGGUGGUGUGGUGUUGAGAAGCAUGUUACGCACGCGGUUUGCUUGA